GGGUUUUGAGCCCAGAACCCAAGCCCUCAACCUUGUAAUAGGUAUUGGUUUUUAUAAUGAAAUUACAAUUCAAACUCCUUGCUUCAUAAAAGAAAAAAUAAAAAGCAGCUAAGAGGAAGACCAGAACCUCUUUUCUGACUAGCCUGCAUCUCUGCUCCCUGAAUCCAUCUUCCUGAAUGCAUUUGAGCUAGCUUAUGUGUCCCUCCAUGCAGACUGAGGGUGGAGUUCAGACAUGACCGGUCCAUGGCUCCCUUCCAACUCUGUGCUUGCUUGGUAUCUUGCUGCCAUGAAACCCCAGGGCCUGAGCAGUGCUUUGUAGAAGCCUCUGCUCACACGUGGCUUUGAUUGUUCUCUUUUCAGGCCCAGCUUGGGACAUUCUUCACUUCCAUUCACUUCCCCUCUGGGAGCCCCUUUCACCACCCCUGCGCCUUGCUUCAGGCGAUGCCCAAGAGGGAGCUUUGGCCAGCAGGGCCUUGCUCAGAACCUGUGACCCACAUCGGCAGCUGUGACAGCAUGAUGAGCACCACCUCCACCCACUCUGGAUCUAGUGACAGCAGCUACGACUUCCUGUCUGCUGAAGAGAAGGAGUGUCUGCUCUUCCUGGAGAAGACCAUUGGCUCACUGGAGGCCGAGGCUGACAGUGGACUGUCCACGGAUGAGUCAGAGCCAGCCACCAGUCCUCGAAGCUUCCGAGCACUGCCCAUCACCCAGCAGGCUCCCCAGGGAAACCCAGAGGUGACAGACAUUCAGCAAGUGCCAUCACCAAAGAGAGUGCCCCAGUCUUCGGGUCCUCCUGAAUCACCCAGUCUGGGCCUCAGAUCUGGUUCCUACAGCCUUCCCAGAAACCUCCACCUUGGCAGAAGCCAGAACCUCAGGGAAAGUGCCACCCAGACUAACAGCCACGGCUCUCAAACACCCGGAGUGUACUUAGCAGAGCCUGAGAAAGCGCAGACCAGCCAGACCACUAAGCCCUUCCAGUCACCGGCCCCAUCCCAGGAGACUACCCUUGAUCUGAACACAGUUCUCAUUCCCCCACCAGAGGCUUUUCAGGACAUUAGGCCAAAGCAAAGUAGGGAAGAGAGCCCACUUAAAGAGCUAGGAGAGAAGAGAUACACACCACAGGCCCAUAGUCUGGUCAGCUUGCAGAAGAAAGAGCCUUCAGAAACUAUGUCCCAUAAAGCCACCGAGAAAGGCUGGACAGAAGGUCCACAGCAGCCACAGCUGCCUCCUACCCAGUCAUCUCAGAACACAAGAGCUGAAGAGGCUCUCCUACCAUCAGGGGUCAAGCCAAACACCCAACAGGCUCCCCUCACAGCCUCAAAGGCCCGUAGGCUGCCUCCUAACAUUGUAUUGAAAAGCAGCAGAAGCAGUUUCCACAGCCAUCCCCAGAACUGGCUGUCAAAUCACACUGAGGCUACAGACUCUGGGCCUGUCCCUUCUUCCCUGCAGGAACAAAAGAAAGCCCGCAGAGAGGCUCUGGAAAAACUAGGGCUGCCCCAGGACCAAGAUGAUCCCAGCCUUCUUGUAAAUAAACAUACCAGUACCCUCAAAGUCAAGGAGGCUCAGGCUCAGAGCCCUUCCCAGGCCCUGGCCACGGUUCAGCAAGCAUCUCCAGCUCUGGCCCCAGAGGCUGCUUCUGCUGCAGGGAAAACUUCCCCAGUGAAGGCUGUGACCUCUUCAGGCAAGAGUUGGAUUCAUGCCCAGGAAACCCCUCCAGGGAAGGUUGCAGCUGCCAAGUCUAUGCCCAUUCCUGUCCCUAAGACCUCAAAGGCAAACAGUUCCCUGACACAGCCCAAGCCUGAUCCACUGCUGACCCUGCAGGAAAGUAGCAUCCCUGGCCUGAGACAGAUAAACUUCAAGUCCAAUACCCUGGAGCGCUCAGGCGUGGGAUUGAGCAGCUAUCUCUUGGCAGCUGAGGAAGACACCAAAUGCCAAACCAGCACAUCUCUAGGAAAGAGUCCCACCUUGGACAAAGUUUCACCCAGCGUCUUGCGUAAUUCCCGGCCCCGGCCUGCCUCAUUGGGCAUGGCAAAGGACUUUACAGAAAUUCAGGGGGGCAAGUUGGUUGGCCUAGGGCAGGGCCAACACUCCCAGCAACUGUCCUUCAAGGGACAGAGCCAUGACAAGCUUCCUCGACCUGCCUGUGUCAGUGUCAAGAUAACCCCCAAGGGCAUUCCCGAUGGACACAGGAGGGAGGCUCUAAAGAAGCUGGGACUGCUGAAGGAGUAGCUAGGCCACUGGCAUAGCCAGCAUCAACGCACCAGAAGAGACUGGCUCUACCUAGAGCCUUUGCAGCCUCCAGCUCAGGACUGGCAUCUUCUCUGUCUGAGGUGAAGAAGGAAGAGACUUGAGGCCAGGCAUAUGUCUGUACUCAGAGCAGUUGUGCUGUUGAGCACUUGCAUAGAUCACUCUAACAAUGAGUCAGUCGCACAGGACAGGGAGGGAGAAGGAGAGAGAGAGAGAGAGAGAGAGAGAGAGAGCGAGAGAGAGAGAGAGA